AUGGAUGCUUGGCACCCGAACAGGUGUUACUCGCACGGGACGCUCGUCGCAGCCGCUAUCCGAUCUGGCUCGGUCGCCACCUUUGAGCGCGUCUCCAACUUGCCUGACUUCAAUACCACCGCUGUCAUGCGGGCUGGGCGGGAUAUGUUCUCGAUACUCGUUCGCACAGACGGAUAUUGUAUGCUCAAUGCGAUUGCCGACUUUGCUGCCCGCAACGCCUCGCUUGCCGAGCACACCAACUUCUUCUUCUUCUCCAUGACCGUCGCCAUGUCCUUUGCCGAUUGCGUCGAUCCCUCUUUGUUUAUCACCGAUGUCCAAGCAGCCGCCAUCCAUGCCGUCCUUGCUCUCUACGACGCCAACAAGCCAAACCUCGACGCCCCCCCGGGCGCCUCAUCACCACCGGGCGCAUCGACAUCAACGACUUCUCGACCCAUCCAAAAGUCCCGCAAACGCAACAAGCGCAAGCGCGGUCCUCGCAAGCUCAAGACUCGCCAGAAGUAACGCAGUGGUGACAACCAUCAGCCUCGAUCCAGCUCGGACUACCGUCUGCCAACUGCAACGCGCAGAGCACUGACUGGUACAGCCCUCAUCGUCACCAUCAACGUCAACAUCACCAUCAUCACACGUCCGCUGGAUGCGAUGUCCCC